CUUGACGCAGCUAAGCCAGGACAACUCUUCUACCUAGGUCCUUGAAUAGAGGGUUGAAUGUGUCUUGGACAAUGUCGAAGGAACUAAGCUUUGCCAGGAUACCUCCCAGAUCCAGAUCAUCGCCAAGCGGAAGCGCAUGUAUGAGCGAGGGGGAGUUGAGAUGAAAUGGCGGAGGACUUGCCAGCGUCAGAAGCUUUUCUGCACGGCGGCGCGAGCGGCGACGUGAGUGGAGGUAGUAGUCAUGAUGAUCAUGACCCAUUAAUGUCAGACCCAACGGCCCUCCUGGCGCCAUCAGACUUCCUUCCGGAUGUUCCUCCAUCGACCGAGACGCCAUCUACCACGAAUAAUGUACCAGCAGCAGGCGACGACCACCAUGAAACGCUGCCGCCACCGAAGCCGAGCACCAACGCUACUGCGUUGGAUGCGCAUAGCAAGACGCUCAAUCCACGAUCAUGCGUGACAUGCCGGAAGAGGAAGGUUAAAUGCGACAAGCUGUGGCCGUGCAACAAUUGCAAUCGAGCGCAUAUUGAAUGUGUGUUUCCUGCUCCUGGCCGAGGGCCACGGAAGCCACGAAAGCUGGGCGAAGGCAAGGAUAAGGAACUGCUGGAACGACUACGAAAGCUGGAAAGUGUGGUGAAGAGUAUGGGCGCAGAAUUGCCUGGAGAAGAAGCAAAAGACAGCAAUCACGAAAAGGCACGGGAGGUGGUAUCGCCUAGCGCGAGUCCUGUCAAUAGUGCGGAGACUGUACCUGCGGCGCGAGACGCCGAGGAGGAGUUCCAGAGCAAGACGAGGUGGGUGGAAGAGCAGCAGAGAGGGCGCUUCGAGAACCGAUUUGGACGGCUCGUCGUCAACGAGGGCAAGUCGAGGUACAUCAAUAACUCGUUUUGGGCGAAUUUGAGCACGGAAGUGGAAGACUUGAAAGGCAUUCUCAAUCAGUCGAGUGAUGACGAGGAGGACCAUUUAACGGCGUCUCCAGGCUUAAGCGAACAGACUCCAAACACCCACCAUGCUUUCAUCUUCGGCUUCAGUUCACAGAACGUUGAUAUCCUGCGUUUUCAUCCUCCGCCCGCCCAGAUCAAGCGGUAUUGGGAUAUCUUCAAAGACCGUGUCGACCCGCUGUGCAAGGUUUUGCACGUUCCCACAUUGGAGGGCACCAUCAUCAGUGCUGCGUCGCAUCUGACGAACCUGUCUCGUGGUUUUGAGUGCUUACUCUUUGCCAUAUACUACGGAGCAACUACCAGUCUAUCCGCACAGGACUGUCUGAUUAAGCUGGGCGAGGAGAAGGCAGUGCUGCUGACGCGCUAUCGGUUCGCGAUAGAGCAAGCAUUGGCGAGAGUCAACUUCCUUACGACAGAAGAGAUUGGCGUCCUGCAGUCCUUUGUCAUAUUCCUGAUCUGUCUGCGGCGAAACAGCGAUGCUCGUGUCAUCUGGACUCUGACCGGACUUGUGGUGAGGAUUGCCCAGACUAUCGGCAUACAUCGAGACGGUAGCCACUUCGGUCUCUCACCUUUCGAGGUUGAGAUGCGGCGUCGGUUGUGGUGGCAGGUCUGUAUACUCGAUACACGGGCCAGCGAAGAUCAUGGCUGCGAUCCGACCAUAGUGGAGCAGUCAUUCGACACAAAAAUGCCACUGAACAUCAAUGACGAGGACAUGUCUCCUGACAUGGAAGACUUCCCGCCAGAGCGCCAGGGUUGUACAAUUAUGUCCUUCUGUCUGCUACGAUUCGAUGUUGCCAACACCUUCCGAAGGAUCAACUACAUUCCUCCGGGAACACCAAAUACUUGGGGUGAACAUUAUCAGUCCGUGACUUUGCAAGACAAGCAACGAUGGAUCACCGAGUGUCACAAGCGCCUUGAAGAGCGAUAUCUGAAGAACUGUGACAUGACUGUACCGCUCUUUUGGGUGACUGCGACUGUUGCAAGGCUUAUGAUGAGUAAGAUGUGGCUCAUGGUCUAUCAUCCCUUCCAAAGACAGGAUGGAGGUGCAUCUUUAUCAGAGGACGUCAAAGAAAAGCUCUUCAUCACCAGUUUGGAAAACAUGGAGUACAGCUUGCUGCUGGAAAACGAAGCAAGGACCAGGAAAUGGGGCUGGCUCUUCAGGACAUACAUACAAUGGCAUGCAUUGGCAUUUACUCUAUCCGAGCUCUGUCAUCGUACCAGUGGUGAUAUGGUCGAGCGCGCUUGGAAAGCGGUAGAUCGUACACUAGACGGCAGAUCCGGCUUGCACGCGGAAACUGGCGUAGGCCACCUUUGGCGUCCUUUGACGAAGCUCUACAGAAAGGCCAAACAAGCCAGAGCUCAAGGAAUCCAAAGGGAGCAGCUCGCCAGACAAAGGUCAGGAAGUGUGCCGUUGCGGCACUACUCCCCGAACGCCAAUCCCAUGUUCGGGCAUCCUAGUCGGCCUGUGGUGACGAGGGCACCGCUAAGCUUCGCACAGCUGCAACGCCUCCACCAGGGACCGACUUUUGGUCGAACGCCGCUUGAUAAGCAUGAGCUCUUGAGCUCGCCAGACCUCAACCAUGCCGGAAAAGGCAGGAGUAUUGCUGAUAACAACACACACAUGCUCAAUCAGGUGCAUCAGCCAAAGCCUAACACAACCACACCUUUCACCGACACCUCCACCAGUGUCAAUACAGCAGCUCUCGCCGCACCCUUGCCCCGGGCAGCGCCACCGCCUAAUGUGGCCUUGAGUCGAAAUUUCGGUGACCCAAUGUCCACCAUGAACUUUGACGAAGUCACGGCAGACCCAUUCACCACUACAAGCAACAUGGAAGUGACGGCAAACGUGGAGCAAACUUCAUCGGCCGCCAAUGGCUCCACUCGAGUGAAUUCGUUCGAAACGAUGGACAACGAUCUCUCAAACGUGGACAGUUCUGGGAACAUGGACUGGGAGAAUUGGGAUCAACUGGUGAGACAAUUUGGCAUGGACAUGGACUCUGGUGCUGUAGAUGUUGAUCUCACGGGUGCGAAUUGGGAGGGAGCAGACUGGGAUAUGACGACAGGGCCGAGCAAUGCGAAUUCCAAGACUGGGUUCGGCAUUAGUGGUCCAGAGUGGUUCUGAAAGGGAUGGAAAACAGACUUGCUGUCUUGGCCAGCAUCAGACCAUUAUUACGAAAAACAGGCAUUCAUGAAAACAAUGAAGAACAUAUGCCGUGAAGAGCAU